AAAGCAUUAAAUUUAUUGUCACCACGUGGGAAAAAAGGCGUGUCUUAAGUUCAAAGUCAGCCACACCCUCCACCCACGUGAUCAAAGAUGGCAUCAGUCUUACAACUCAUCAUUUUUGUUCUCACUUUAUCACUCUUGGCUCAGAUCAGCCACAGCUUGCAAUACGUCCCACGAACACUCCUCUCCCCUCAAGAAGGUGAUGACCCCGGGGACCCUCUCAUAUUGACCCCCUAUGUUGUCAGUGGAGAUGUUGACAAAGCUAAGAGUUUGAGUCAAGUGAAUGGAAUAGGCUCCUUUCCCAGCUAUUCAGGGUACUUCACUGUUGACGAUAAAAACAAUGGAAACAUGUUUUUCUGGUUCUUUCCCUCUCAAGAUGGAGCAGCUGAUGCACCUGUUGCUCUCUGGCUCCAGGGGGGGCCAGGGGGGUCCUCAAUGUUCGGACUUUUUGUUGAAAAUGGUCCCCUAGCUGUUGACGCUAAUGGAAAGAUGUAUGAGCGUAAAGUAACGUGGAAUCAGCAUUACCACAUGCUUUAUAUCGACAAUCCAGUUGGAACUGGUUUCAGUUUUACCAAUUCAUCUGCUGGUUUAUCUACCAACGAGGAACAAGUGGCAGAUAAUCUCUACAAUGCUCUUGUCCAGUUUUUCCUGAUAUUUUCAGAGUAUCUGAAAAACCCAUUCUACAUUACUGGCGAAUCCUAUGCUGGUAAAUACAUACCUGCCCUUGGUUACAAGAUACACAUCAGCAACCCAGGCGCUCUUGUACAGAUUAAUUUGGUUGGACUGGCACUGGGUGACGCACUGAUAGAUCCAGAACAUAUUGUUCCCGGAUAUGCUGAUCUACUCUAUAAUAUAGGGAUGGCUGAUAUCAACGAGUCUACCUUUAUCAAGUCUUGUACUGACAAGGCUGUUGGUUAUAUUCAAAACAAGCAAUUCAAAGAUGCCUUUGAUGUUUUUGACACAUUGCUUAAUGGUGAUAUAUAUCCUUAUCCUACUUACUUCUAUAAUGUGACUGGAACCACAAACUAUUUCAAUUAUCUUCUACUAAAAGCUCCUGCAGAUUUUAAUUAUUUCUACCAGUUUCUCAAUGCGGAGUCGACAAGAAAAGCUAUUCAUGUCGGGAACACAAAGUUCAAUGAUGGAGGAACUGAUGUGGAGAUUGCAUUGAUCAAUGAUAUUAUGGACACUCAAGUGGAUAAUUUUGUCACUCUGCUUGAAAAUUACAAAAUAUUGCUGUACAAUGGUCAGCUUGAUAUAAUAGUUGGUGCUCCUUUGACUGAAAACUUCAUGCAGCAGCUGAAAUGGUCCGGCCAGUCUGAUUAUUUGAAUUCCGCAAAGACGGUUUGGCGACUGAACGGAACGACAGUCGGCUAUGUGAGACAAGUGGGAGGAACUUUCCAACAAGUUGUGAUAAGAAAUGCCGGUCAUAUUCUUCCUUACGAUCAGCCCGAGGUCGCUCUAGCCAUGCUGCAGAAUUUCGUUAAUCUACAGCCGAAUAAUUGAUAGAGCUAUAGAAGACUUAUAGUAAUACAUGAUACAUGUACAUAUAUUAUAAUACAUAUAAACAUGGUAGCUGCCCUGUAAAUAAAUAUAAGCUGAAUUGCUGGGAUGUUGUUGAUUGUUAUUAUUUUUGUUAUUUAUUAUUAUUAUUAUUAUUAUUAUUAUUAUUAUUAUUAGUACAAUGUAUAAAAAUAGGAGAGACUGUUAUAGUGGGUUUGAUAUAAGAAUAUAGCCACCACUAGAAAAGGAGGUAGGAGCGUAUGAAACAGACAAAAUAUAAAAAUGGCAAUAAUGAAUACGGGUCGAUCUGUAUGCAUGCUUGGAAAAGAGAGAGAAAGAAAUUAACACAAAAAUGUAAUUGGCACACAAAACGUUUAAGUCA